AGGUAUGCACAUAUGCUGAGAUUGUGCUUGUGAACCACGUGUUAACAAUAUGCUUGACUUGGACGGCUCUUAACGUAUAAACAGGGCGUAUUUAUUUUCGGAUGCACAGAAAAUUCUAAGAUGUCCAACGACAGCAACGGAAACUUUCGGGAUGGCUUGACUGGAGGUUUGAGAGAUAUUGCACAGCAAGAGCUAGGAGAAACGCCUGCAGUAAAAGAGAAGGCCCUGAAUCAACUUCGGGAGCUAAUUCUGGGUGAACCUUUACUCGACUGUCCUACGGACGAAGACUUCCUCGUCAAGUUCCUACGGGCUAGAAAGUAUGACCCGCAGAGCGCCUUCAAGAACGUCAAAAAGUAUUUUAAGGUUCGAAGGGACAAUCCAGAGAUGUUCGCAGAAUUGACGCCACGCAACGUGCCCUUCAACGACGCCUGCCGUAAGCAUCGGCUGGUGACGCUGUCCCGCAAGACGGAUCCCAAGGGAAGAGCUGUGAUCAAGUUCAGGACCGGUGGCUGGAACACCGACAUAUGCUCGCUGGACGACUUCUUCAGGAUUUCCCUAGUGCACGUCGAACACAUCUUGCUUCAAGAAGAAUUUCAGAUCAGGGGCCUCGUAGCCGUUCUGGACAUCAAGGGCCUUAGCGUAUUCCACGUAGCUCACUACACGCCUUCCGUUAUCAAAAAAUUCAUGACCCUUGUGCAGGACUGCCUACCCUUGCGGAUCAAAGGAGUCUACAUCAUCAACAACCCUGCUUUAUUUGACAUUUUAUUCACUAUUGCAAAGCCCUUCAUGAAGGCCAAGCUGGUGAAAAGGGUUCGCUUCUUCGGCUACGACUUGGAGGAGUUACACAGUCUUGUGCCGGAUGACGUCAUUCCGGAGGAGCACGGCGGCACCAACGAAAGCUACGACUUUGACACGAUAGAGGAGGAGCUUAAGAGGGAAGGGAAGUUCUUCGAGAAAAUUAACGCUUACGGUUAUCGCACGGAGGCGAAGGACGGCAUUUGAACUGAGCAGCAGAUGGCUGGGAUAACGAAUAUCACAUUCAAUCAUCUUUUUAUUUUAUUUG